AAGCAGACAGUUUAGUCUACGCGUGUUUUAUCUGCUUAUCCUGAGAAGCACUCCUUUAGUGGCUUGACUAAACGUCCAUGUUGAAAGAUGACGCUCUGGAACCAGCUGCAGCUGCUGGACUCCAUGUAUUUAGAGCAAGUGGAUCAGCUUUACGAUGAGGCUUUCCCAAUGGAGAUCCGACAAUAUCUAUGUCACUGGAUUGAGAGUCAUGACUGGGAAUCCAUUGCAAGUAAUGAAUCUCUGGCUAUCGUUCGCUUCCAUGAGCUCCUGAACCAACUGGAUGAGCACUACAGCCGUCUCAAUCUGGGAAACAACUUCCUCUUACAGCAUAAUAUUCGCAAAAUCAAGCGCAACCUACAGGAGCACUUCCAAGAGGAUCCUGUUCACAUGGCUAUGAUCAUAUCCAGCACUCUGAACAAAGAGAGAAAGAUACUGCAAGUUGCGCUUAGUUCUCAAGGUAAGAGUGACUCAUUGCAGGGGAACAUCAUGAUGGAACAUCAAAAUGAGCUGGUCAAUAAAGUCAACAAUUUGAAGAUGAGCGUGCAGGAGAUGGAAAAGGACGUUCAGGCUCUGGAGAAUAUGCAAGAUGAUUACGACUUCAAGAGGAAGAGCUUACAGAGUCGAAUUGAAGCUGAAGGUGUGCAAAUGAAUGGCCCGAUAUCAAAAGAGAUCCAGGAGGAGGAGAUGGCAAAUUGGCAAAUGUUUAUUGUGCUAGGCAUGAAAAGAGAGGUGGUGAUGAAAGAAAUCUCUAAUGUACUGACGUUAGCAGAGCAGAUCCAGUUCACACUGAUAACAGAAGAGUUACCCGAGUGGAAGAAGAGACAGCAGAUGGCUUGUAUCGGAGGACCACCUAAUGCAUGUCUAGAUCAACUGCAGAACUGGUUUACAGUGGUGGCAGAGUGUCUCCAGCAGAUCCGUCAGCAGCUGAAGAAAGUUCAGGAACUGGUCCAGAAAUUCACCUACAGCAACGACCCGCUAAAUGUAGGAAGGGGCCAGCUGGAUGAACAGGCCAUUUCACUCUUCAAAAACCUCAUAUUAAAUUCUCUUGUUGUGGAGAGGCAGCCCUGUAUGCCAACACAUCCUCAGAGACCCUUGGUAAUAAAAACAGGAGUUCAGUUCACCGUCAAGAUCAGGUCACUAGUCAAACUCUCUGAACUGAAUUGUCAACUGAAAUUGAAAGUUUCUAUUGACAAAAAUUUAACAGAGAGGGACACAAUAAAAGGAGGUCGAAAAUUCAACAUAUUAGGGACGAAUACUAAAGUUAUGAACUUAGAAGAAUCCAGUGAAUGUCUAGCGGCUGAAUUUCGUCAUUUGCAAUUAAAAGAAAUGAAAACUAGCAGAACCAAUGAGACGCCUCUCAUCGUUACAGAGGAGAUGCACCUACUUAGCUUUGAAACUCAACUUAUUCAGCCAGAGCUGAGUGUUGAUUUAUCGAUCAUAUCACUUCCUAUUGUGGUGAUCUCACAUGUCAACCAGUUACCCAGUGCCUGGGGCUCAAUCUUGUGGUACAACAUGCUCAGCAGUGAACCACACAAUCUGACGUUCUUCUUGAAUCCACCACCAGUGAAAUGGCAUCAGCUUUCAAAAGUCAUAAGCUGGCAGUUUUCUUCAGUCACCAAACGAGCGCUGACCUCAGAUCAGCUGAGAACACUGGCUGACAAACUUCUAGGUCACAAAGCCCAAGGUGACCCUGAGGGACUCAUCCAGUGGAGUGCAUUUUGUAAGAUGUCUCCUAAUGAGAGAGGUAUACCGUUUUGGUUGUGGAUAGAUGGAAUUCUGGACCUUAUUAAAAGACACCUGCUCAACAUCUGGAAUGAUGGGUAUAUUAUAGGGUUUCUGAGUAAAAAGCAAGAGAAGGCUAUGCUGAGAGACAAAGCUCCAGGCACUUUCCUUCUGCGCUUCAGUGAAAGCUGUCGGGACGGAGGAAUCACCAUCACAUGGGUGGAGAAAUCAGAGGAUGGUGAACCUAAGAUGCAUUCGGUGAAGCCCUACACUAAAGCGGAUCUGGCAACUAUCUCCAUGCCGAACAUCAUCCGUGACUACAUCCUUGCUGCUCCAAUGAAGGUUCCAGUGUAUCCCCUCAUCUACCUUUACCCAGACAUCCCAAAAGAUGAAGCUUUUGGUCGCUACUAUACCAGCGAAUCUGAAGAAGAGAUGGAGACAGAUAAACCCAACAACUCACACGCAAAUCCAUACAAAGACAGACGUUUGAUGUCGGUGUCUGUACCUGUUGCAAGAUUCUAAAGGUUUUAAGAGGACAUCACUGUGACAAAGUCUACUACUCCACUGACCCAUCUACAGAAGCCCAAACUUAUAUUUUCUUUGGAAGAGGAAAAUACUGUAAUACCAUUCAUAGGAGUACAGAAUUUACCAGAAAACAAUAAUAGACAACAUAAAUAUCUUUGCACUGGUCUUCUCUGUACUAAAUUAGUGAUCUGCUGCAUUUAUUUAAAACUGAUAUGAAAAAGGAGACAUUUCCUUCUGUCUUUUAUAGCUAAAAUAGUGUGUAUCCUGUUGUUGUUAUAUACACACACAUACACACACACAUUUAAAUGUGAAUGUAACUCUCAUGUUGUUGCUAGGAAUUUUAAUAACAACAUUUGGUGAGUUUGUGGACCUGUCAGCCACAUAUUGCCGGCAUGGAUAUUUUCAAAUACUCUGAAAAUCCUUUUUUGUGAAGACAUUUGUUUGUGAAAAGGACAUUUUUCUCCAUGGAGUGAAGCACUUUAUUUUUGCACAUCACAAAAUCUUUAUAUACCAUUGCCUUAAUUGCACAUGUACAAACCAACAUGCUUCAGUCUAACAGAAACGAACAACAUCCUACCUUCUGCAGUCAAAGAAACUGGACACUUUUGCUAUUCAAGCUAGCAUCAUUUUGUUUCUAUUGCUAUUUUUGCUCUCAAAUAUAAUCAGAUUGAGCAAACAGUAAGUGUAUUUGAUGUGCUGUCCAGAGGGAAAACCCCAAGCUCAUGAUAUAGAGCGAAACCAUAGAGCGAAGUUGGCUGGAUAUGUAUCAGAGUAUCAAGUUUGGAAGAUUACAUAAACAAGUUUCACCUGUGCCAGAUUGGCUGAUUAUAUCAUAAUGCUCCUCCCAAACCAUGUUAAAAAAUAUAUCAUUUAACAUAAGACAGUGUUACAUAAUGUGAUGUACUAAUAAAGAUUUCUGCCAUUUUAUACUUA